AUGUCGUUACCAUCAUCUCGACGUUCUCCGAGAAAUAGUCAUAGUAGAAUUGUAGAAACCGAAAUCGAACGAUUAAAUCAGAAAACACAAGAAGCUAUCCAACAACCCAUUCAACAGCAUUCUGAACAUCAAAGAUUUUUCUUUGAGUACAUGGUAGAUACACAUGGAGGGUUUGACUCGUUGUUCAGAUUUUUGGGUUUGAAUCCUUUAGUAUUUCUCGCUAUCAUACCAGUCGUUAGUGAUAUCUAUACUGCAAGAAGAGGUAGGAAAAGUUUUUUCUACAAUCCAGAUGACAGAUUGUUGUUGGAAGUGUACGAAAGUGCUAAGCUGUUUAAAGUUGUCAUGAAAGAUUCGUUUAUCAUAUUUAAUAAUGAAAAUUUACAAGGAACAAAUUUAAGUGCUAUUGUUGAUUGUACAAUAACGCCAACAAACGCUCCAAGUGGAAGUUUUUCUUCUAAGAUGUCGUUCUACAGUGGUAAGUACAAGACGUAUUGUAUUAAAAUUGAAGUUGUUGUUAACUCUGUUACUGGGACUGCAUGUUAUGUUUCAGAAGGAGAACCAGGUGCUUCUCAUGACACGAGAUUGUAA